AUGGGUGGGGAGAACGAAGCUGAAAGUCGGCAAGGCCCUGCAGACCGAGCCAACGGAGAGUCGCGCCUCAACCUCUUGGACACUUGUGGGGUGUGCGGGCAACACAUUCAGAGUCGGCGGCCUAAGCUGCUUCCUUGCCUUCACUCGCUCUGUCAGCGUUGCCUACCGAGUCCUCACCGCUACCUCAUGCUGCCACCUCCCGCGGCCCCUUCGCCGGGUGGCGGAGGCGGCGGCGCCCCCAAAGAUCCGCCUCUGCCGCCGCCGCCGCCGCUGCUUCAGCCGUCCUCAGCGCCUUCUUCGCCGGUCUCCGCGCCGCCUUCGCCGUUGCACUGUAAUCCGGAACAGAACAACUGGAACAAAAUGCAUGCUAAUUAUGAGGUGUUCAUGCCAGUACAGAGUUCUAAUCUGUCGGAGGAUGAGAUUGAGUCAAAUGGAGAUGUAGAAAAGGAUAGAACUAUGAUAAAACAUGAAAGCACAGAUGACGUAGAUGUAGAAGAGGAGAGACUGGAAACAGUGACACAAGAACACAUAAUUCCAAGAAGAUCUGAGAGGAGUAAUAAGGGUAUACCUCCUGUAUGGUUUACUGCGAAGACCAUGAAGGAACCGAGGCAUCGGAAGGACAACAGGCGUCCGGAUCUCGAGAUCUACAAGCCGGGCCUCUCCCGCCUGAGGAACAAGGCGGCCCCCGAGAAGCCGGAGCCUCCGAGGCAGGAGGAGGCCAAGGAGGAGAGGCCGGGCCCCAGGGAGCCCCCGGCAGCCGCCUGCAAGGAGGACAGCCCGCCCCCCCAGCCCCCUCCCGAAGACGGGGGCCAGCCGCCCAACGGCUUCCUGGAAGGCUCCCCGCAGGGCCGCGGGGGCACCCCUGAGGACUGGUGCCCUCGCAUCAUCCGGCGGGCCAAGAAGCCCGACCAGCAGAUCUACCAGCCUGGCAAACGCCUGCAGGCCUCGCCCCGAGAAGCCGGGGCCGCCCCCCCGGUAGACGAGGAGCCGCCCCCGAAGGAGGAGAGGGGAGCGGACUGCGAGAAGGAGGCCGGGAGGGCCGGCAACGGCCUCAGGAAGCCCGGGGACCAGGAAGGGGAGCCGAGCCAGGAAGCGGCCAAGCCUCUCCGGGGGGAGAAGGGCCGGCGGGCCGAGCGGCCCCGGAAGCCCCGAGACGAGCUGGGCCACGGCAAGGGCAGCCCCCCCAAGCGCUACUCCCGCUCGGACAAGCGUCGUAGCCGCUACCGCACCUGCAGCACCAGCUCAGCCGGAAGCAACAACAGCACCGAGGGGGCCCGCGGGGAGGGGGAGGUGGGCAGGAAGCCCCCGGAAAGGCCCCGCCCUCAGAAGCAGCUCUCCGCCUCCUCCACCGACUCCCUGGAAGAGGACCGGGCCGAGGAGGCCCCCGAGGGCAGGAGGGGCUGCGAGCACAGCCGGCCCGGGCGGGGCCAGGACCCCCGAGCGGCCCAGGGGGGCGGCAGGGGCUCCGCAGGCAGGGGCUCCGGGGCCUCCCAGCCUGAAUGGCGAAAGGGCGGCAGGCCCUCCAGGGCCACCCCCAGGGACCCCCCGGAAGCCGGGGAGGGGAAGUCCCAGAACCGGGGCCGAGGAAUCCUGGUGCUGCCAGCUAACACGGACCUGACCCCCAGCGGCACAGGGUCCCCCGAAGCCCCCCACGCAGGGGGCGCCCGGCUCCUUUUUGGCGGCAGCAAAGGCCCUCGCGGCUGGAGCCGGGGGGGCACGUCCCGCCGCCUCUGGGACCCCAACAACCCAGACCAGAAGCCGGCGCUGAAGAGCCCCGGGGCCCAGCUGCACUUCCUGGACACGGACGAUGAGGGGGCCCCCGUGCCUCGAGGGGAGCCCUGCCAGGCCCAGGCCCCCUACUACCGCUUCCAGAACUCGGACAACCCCUAUUACUAUGGAGGGGCCCCCUACCCUUACACGGGUUACCCCCUGCCCUACCCGAUGGGCACCGGCACCGAGGCCUACCCGGGAGCCUAUUACCCCACCGGCUACCCCAAGCAGGCCGAGCCUUGUGGGGCUGGGGGGGCUGGCAGCGCCCUCCCGGCCGAGCCCCCGAGCAGGGAGGCGGAGCAGCAGAAGGGCCCCCAGCAGCAGCAGCAGGAGCUGGGCAAGGCCCUGCGGGAGGCCGGGCACCUGGAGCAGCAGCUGAGCAACCUCCUCUCCCGGGACAGGCUGAGUCCGGAGGGCCUGGAGAAGAUGGGCAUCCUCAGGGCGGAGAUGCUGCAGCUGUACGAGCGCUGCCUGCUGACGGACAUCGAGGCGGCCGAUGCGCAGAACGUGGACCAGCUGCUCUGGAAGAACGGCUUCUACCAGGUCAUCGAGAGGUUCCGGCAGCUGCUGAAGGAGCCCUCCGCCGGGGAGAGCGCCCACGAGGGCCGCGCCAGGCUGCUCCAGGUCCUGGAUGAGGGCACCGUCUUCUUCGACGGCCUCCUCCAGAAGCUGCAGCUGACCUACCAGUUCAAGCUGGAGGACUACAUGGAUGGCCUGGCCGUCCGCAGCAAACCCCUGCGGAAGACGGUGAAAUACGCCCUCAUAAGUGCCCAGAGGAGCCUGAUUUGCCAGGGCGACAUCUGCAGGUACCGGGAGCAAGGCAGCGACACGGCCAACUACGGGAAGGCCCGCAGCUGGUACCUGAAGGCCCAGCACAUCGCCCCCAAGAACGGCCGGCCCUACAACCAGCUGGCUCUCCUGGCCGUCUACACGAGGAGGAAGCUGGACGCUGUGUAUUAUUACAUGCGCAGCCUGGCUGCCAGCAACCCCAUCCUGACGGCCAAGGAGAGCUUGACCAGCCUCUUCGAGGAGACCAAGCGCAAGGCAGAGCAGCUGGAGCAGAAGAGCCCCGGGGAGCGGGGCCAGCGGAGCAAGAAGGUGGCUUUCCGGCCCUCCGGGGACGAUGCCACCCGCCUGGAGCUCUGGAUCCACCCCUCCCACCCGCGCUCCGGCCAGGGCCAGGAGUCCAGCCGGGACCCCGAGCAGGACGGCGGCCUGGGCAGCCUCAGCCCCAGCGAGGAGGAGGACGUCCAGAUGGAGGCCUUGCCGGACGACUCGGAGGAGGCCGAGGGCAGCGGUGGUGAGCUGGACAUCCGGGAGCUGCGGGCCAAGAAGCAGGCGCUGGCCAGAAAGGUGGCCGAGCAGCAGCGCCGGCAGGACAAGAUCCAGAUAUCCAAAGAAACUGCAACAAUGCUAGAAAUGCAGAAUAACUAUGAUGGAGUAACUGAAGCACUUAAAGAACGAAAGAACGGGAAGGCCCCAGGCCCCGAAUUUUAUAAGACCCUGCAGGAAUCAAUACAAUAG